UACCACCGAUCCACGACCCGAAAUCCAAAAAUCCUAACCAUGCCUGCCAUCGUCCGAUCUAACGCCGACUCCACUCCUCAGAAACGAAGACUCAGAUCCGAUGCUGCAGCGGCGCAAGAUAGCCAGCCUUCCAUACCGGUCAAGUGGAAAUCGCCUCGCAGAUGCACAUCUGCGAGCCCAAACUGUCCCUCCAAUAGAGCUGCCAUAGAUUCAAGUGAAAAUCCUGGAAAAUCACCACUGAAGAAAUCUACUGAUAGAUUUAUCCCAAAUUCGAAAUGGAGUCCCGUAGAUACGGAGCAGAUGAGGGCGGUGAAGGAGGCUUUGCACGUUUCGACGGCACCAUCUACCAUCGUGUGCCGUGAGGAUGAGCAGAGGAGGGUUUUGGAGUUCUGCAAGGCAUGCGUGGAGCAAGAGAAGGCUGGGAGUUUAUAUAUUUGCGGCUGUCCAGGGACCGGGAAAUCAUUGUCAAUGGAAAAAGUGAAACAGCUUCUGGUUGAUUGGGCUAAAGAGGUAGGUCAUCAGCAGCCGGAUGUGUUGAGCAUUAAUUGUACUUCUCUAGCAAAUACAUCGGAUAUUUUCAGCAAGAUACUCGGCGAUGCCCAACCGCGAAAGAAAGUCAACGGCUCUACUACCUCUGCUCUGCAACAGCUCCAGAACUUGUAUUCUCAAAACCCGCGGUCUUCCGUCAUGAAGAUGAUGCUGAUAAUUGCUGAUGAGUUGGACUAUUUAAUUACUAAAAACCGGGCUGUGCUUCACGAUCUUUUCUUGCUUACAACCUUACCUUUCUCCAGAUGUAUUUUGAUUGGAAUAGCUAAUGCAAUGGACCUAGCAGAUCGUUUUCUCCCGAGACUCCAAUCAUUAAACUGCAAGCCUAUGGCAGUAACUUUUCGGGCCUACGAUAAAGAUCAGAUCCUCACGAUACUGCAGGAGAGGCUGUUGGCACUUCCUUACCUUGUCUUUCAACCGCAAGCAUUGGAACUCUGUGCCAGAAAAGUGGCUGCUGCCUCUGGUGAUAUGCGAAACGCACUUUGUGUUUGCAGGAGUGCAAUUGAGGUACUAGAAGCAGAGCUGAGAAAAUCUAGCAGCAACUUCAAUUUGUCGACAGUAGAGAAAGCAUUAUUUGAACAACAAACAACAGCUGCUGAUAUUUUAAGAAAACAGGAAAUAGAUGUUGUGAGGCUUGAUCAUAUGGUUGUUGCUUUGUCAAAGACGUAUAGAACACCAAUAGUGGAUACUAUACAAUCUCUCCCACAACAUCAGCAGAUUGUACUUUGCUCUGCUGUCAAACUUUUCCAUGGAGGAAAGAAGGAUACAACUGUAGGGGAGCUGCAUAAGUCUUACAUGGACUUCUGCAAAACAACCCUAAUCCCACCUGUUGGGAGUAUGGAACUUUCAACCAUUUGCAGAGUUCUAAAUGACCAGGGGCUUCUCAAAGUAGGUCAAUCUCGAGAUGAUAAAUCGAAAAGAGUGACAUUAAGGGUAGAUGAAGCAGACAUCACGUUUGCAUUGCAGGGGAUCCGUUUCUUUCGCAACUGUUUUCAGCAAUUUUGCUCAAAGCACAUAGACUAGUUCAAAUGAACAGUUCAUUUUUUCCAGUUCACACAGUCCAAAUGAACAGUUAUCGGGGCAAUGCAUAGCAAGAAAGACUCGUGAAGAUCAAAAUAGAGGAACUUUGAAUUCGAAAGCACAAUUAAUUUGUAGCCAAAAGUCGAAAGACUCGAAACGCUGCCAGAAAAAUGAUCAUAACAAGAUAUGAGAAGAGAAAUUCAUGACAUAAUUAGGAGCGAUUUGUAUAGUGUGAUAAAAAGAGAUAAUUUUAUAUGAAAGUUGAAUAAAAUAUUGUUAUAAUAUUAUUUUUUAAUAU